CUAAACUUAUCUUGCACUAAAACACUGUUGUUGGAAUCAGGUUUACAGAAGGAAAAAAAAUGAUUCCUCCCAACGCAUCCCUUGUGAAAUAUGACAACCCAGUUCUUGUCAGCCGGAAUACAGAUAAAAAGACACCAAGGGCAAGAGCACUUAAAGUAAGCCCAGGACCAUCACAAGGAACAGGCCCAGUACCAAAUCCCCCAGGAAAACAGAAACUCUCACCUGUUGAUGCCAAAGCUGCUCAGCAAACAGAUGAAAUUCUUAAUUCAAUUCUUCCACCAAGGGAAUGGCAAGAAUCGGGACAGUUGUGGGUACAGCAAGUGUCUAGUACUCCAGCCACCCGUUUAGAUGUUGUCAAUCUUCAGGAGGAGCUUGACAGACGGUUACAGCAGAGACAGGCCAGGGAAACAGGAAUCUGCCCCGUCAGACGAGAACUAUAUUCACAGUGCUUUGAUGAACUUAUCCGCCAAGUCACCAUCAACUGUGCAGAGAGGGGUUUAUUGCUUCUACGAGUCCGAGAUGAAAUCAGAAUGACAAUUGCAGCAUACCAGACCUUAUAUGAAAGUAGUGUGGCCUUUGGAAUGAGGAAAGCUUUGUGGGCAGAACAGGGAAAAGCUGACAUGGAGAAGAAGAUUUCAGAUCUCGAACAAGAAAAACGUGACUUAGAAAAGCAGGUCAAUGAACUGAAGGGAAAAUGUGAGCAAAUUGAAAAACGCGCACAGGAACAGAGAAUGGUGGAGGAGAAGAAACACACGGAGGAAAUGCAGUUUUUGAAAAGGACAAACCAACAGCUCAAGGUAUCAUGCAGUAUUUGUCAUCUUUUGUCUCAAAAGUAUGUGGUGUAUUUUGAAUUUUUUAUACAGAGCUGGCUCAAUCAAUAUACAUGUAUAUCAUUUAACAUUUUUAAUUCAUGUAUCAAUCAAUCUUAAAGCUUUAUGGUUGACAGAUGAUAAAAAGUUAUGAAUUUAUAUACUGUUCAAUGAUAUAUCAUUUCACUCAAGCAAAUCAAAUGAUUUCUGAUUACCAAGAGAUAUGGUAACAUCUGCUGUACAAUGUCUUUAUAUUUUUGUGCAAAUUGAAUUCUAGACUCAAAUGAGUAUGAUUAUGGGAGAUGAAAAUGAGGAGGUAUAAAGUUGUAAGUUGGAGGUAGCACUUAAAUCAUGUUGUUGAUUGCAUGGAAAAUGAUUUUAUGUUUCUGUCAUGAAAUGACAAGGAAGAAUUUUUCAAACACAUAGCUGUGCUAGUUGAAGAAUUUGUCAAAGAAUAUGAACAAAUUAAGAUAUUCUUGGUGUAUAUAUAAGUUUCACUGAUAGAGUAUUUCUAAGGCUUGUAGACACAUUAGCGAUUUUAUUUAAAUGUACAAUGUAUUUUGCUUGACAAUGCAUGAUCAACAUUUUUGUUUGUCAAGACAGUAGUAUAGUCAUUUUUAAAUGGUCACCAUUUUCUGGUCUAACCACUGGAUCCACACUGUUUUCUAAUAAUAAAAGUACAUUAAUUGACUUUUAUGGUCAAAAGAAUGCUUAAAUUGAAACAAUUUGAAAGAGGGGUCAAAUGUUGACACUAGGGGGAAAUUUAAUGAUCGUUUGGGUUUUUCUUUUGAUUAUAUAUAUAUUUGAAAGUAGAUAAGAAAAAAUUAACAAAAUCACUCUGAUUAUAUCUUCCCUUUUUCCUAAUUUUAUUUCAUUUUCUACUAUAAUUCUUUUUAUAAUACAUGUAUAUAUACAUGUAAUGUAUAUAUACUUGUAUAAACAUAAGAACUUGAACUUAAACUACAAAUAAAUCUGUGGUUUUUAUGUUGUUUUUUGGUGUCAUGUUGAUUUCAUGCUGUUAUUUUCAUUUUCAGACUCAGCUGGAAGGUAUCAUUGCUCCAAAGAAGUAACAGGAUGAUCAGAAAUGUUGACUCGAAAUUUCUGUCUUUUUUCUUCAUCAAUUUGAAAAAUUGCAUUUACCACCACAAAUAGUUUCCUCUGCUAUUAAGAUGAUUGUUACUUUAUUGAAAUAUAACAUCCCAGGAUACUUGACUGCAAGAAUAAAACAAAAGAAUAUCUCUGAUGAAAAAUAUUCGAAAAUGUUGAUAUGUGUGAAAAAGCUAGCACACAUCUCGAAAACUUUCAGAUAUUUUUAUCUGAUAUUGUAUGUCCUGUAUAUAUUUUGAAGAGACAAUGUACCGUAUGUAAAACUCGUAUAUAUACAUAUGAUUCCAUUUUGUGUUACUUACAUUAAAAAAUGAAUAAAUAA